AUGGAAGUUACUAUACCGUUCCAUGAAGUCAUCACUCAAAUGCCUUCCUAUACUAAAUUCCUAAAGGAUAUUCUGGCAAAGAAGAUAACAAUUGAAACGGAAACAGUGACCCUCAGUCCAAAAUGCAGUGCCAUUUUGAAGCAUGAACUACCCCCUAAGAUGACCAAUCUAGGAAGCUUCUCAAUUCCAUGCAAACUAGGCAAUGUAACAAUAGAUAGAGCAUUAUGUGACCUUGGUGCAAGCGUUAGCCUGUUGUCUCUUUCAAUCUACAAGAAGCUAAACGUAGGGGAACUUAAACCAACAAGGAUGGCACUACAAAUAGUGGACCGAUCAAUUAAAUACCCCCUCGGGAUACUAGAAGACGUGCCUUUAAAAGAAGGUGACUUCUAUGUGCCAGUAGAUUUUGUAGUGAUGGAAAUGAAUGAAGACACGAGAAUACCUAUUAUCCUUGGUCGGCCCUUCUUAAACAUAGCAGAUGCAAUUGUGCAUGUAAGAGCAGGGAGACUCACCUUAAAGAUCGGAGGUGAAACAGUCGAGUUCACACUAGAUAGGAACCUUAAGCAACCAAUGUCUGUAGACUCCGCUUGUUACAUCGAUGCGUUGGAUGCUCUAGCAGAUGAAUUCUUGGAAGAGUUUCGCGAUCUUGAUCCCUUGGAAGUGGCUUUGGAAGCUACAGAGGGAGAUGGAUACGUGGACAACGAAGAGGUAAACGAAUAA